CAAGAAAGAAAUAGAUGUAUUUUUUUUUUUUUACACAAUUACCUCCUUAUUGCUGCUCUUUCUUACUAAUAUUUUUUAAUCAUUUAUGGCCAAACCCAAUUCAUCAUCAAAGUUUGUUUCUUCUCUUUGAUUUUUAAAUUUUGAUGAUGAUCAUUUCUUGAGGAUUUCUUAGUAACCAAUACCUCUUAAUGAAUUUAAUACCUUUUUUUUUUGUGAUGAACGUAAUAUUGAAUUUCAUUAAGAGGUUCUGAGGUUGUUUAUGUGGUUUGCCUAGCUAGAGCUGUUCAUAUAUUAAAUUUUUGUAAGGAUUUUAUUAUUUGUCUUAUACACCUUAGUAUAUACCUCACCCAAUCCGAUUUUCUUAAACAGACUUUCUAACAUAAUUAUUAAUAUUUAUAUAUUCUCUUUAUCACUCUUCUUCUAGAUUAAUGGGAUCUUGUUGGACAAAGGAGGUUGAUUAUGAUGAUGAUCAUCAUCACGAGGCCGAACUUGCUAGUGGAAAUGUGCAUCUUAUAACUACGAUGGAAGAUUGGGAUGUUAUGUUAUCAGAAGCUAGCAAAGAUGGCAAAAUUGUUUUGGCGAAUUUCAGUGCACCAUGGUGUAAUCCAUGUAGAUCAAUAGCACCAACCUACAUUGAAAUGGCAGAUAAAUAUCCCUCUUUUCUAUUUCUAACUGUCAAUGUAGACGAGCUCACAGAACUGAGUAGUUCAUGGGGAAUAAGUGCCACUCCAACAUUCUUUUUCCUUAAAGAGAAAAAAACCAUAGACAAACUUGUGGGUGCUAACAAAGAGGAACUCCACAAGAAAUUAGCUUUGGUGACUACUCAUCAUGAUUCUCAAACAACUCCCAAUUAAUAGCUAGAAAUUAUAUAUAUUUAUACAAGGGCGAAGCUGUAUAAAGCCUAGAUAGCAUAGCGCAUCACACUCGCCUUACCUGAAAUUAAAAUCGAUUUGUAAAUUAUUUGGGCUUAUGCAUGUUGAAAAAAAAAAUUAUUCCUUCUAUAUUUUUCACAGUUUAUGAUGGUCUAAUUCUAUAAUUUAAAAUUUUGAAGUUUUUUAAGCACUACAAAAUUUGUGCUUUUUUUAACGGUGCAAAGCAAAAA